GUGAAGAAGUGGGCACGGAAGGCAAAAUUUUGACAGCCUAUUACAUUGUUUACGUUUUUUGUCAAAGAAAAGCAAUGAAAAGUAUGACCGAAACAGUCGUGCUUUGGUGAGUGGCAAACAACAGUGGCUGUUUUUCAAUCUCCUCGAGCAAAAGCCGUGAAGCCGUGAAGUAGUACGGCUGGACGGAUCGAACUAGCAGAACAAAAGGGUAAAGGGUUGGGAAAAACCUUUAUCGCAGCGGUUGUGAUGUACAAUCUAUACCGGUGGUAUCCAACCGGGAAGGUUAUCUUCAUGGCACCGACUAGACCGCUGGUAAAUCAGCAGAUCGAAGCAUGCUACAAGAUCAUGGGUAUUCCCAAGGAAGAUACCGCCGAAAUGACGGGGAAACAGCUGAGGAAGAACCGCUCCGAGCUGUGGCAAACUAAACGGGUGUUCUAUGUUACACCACAGGUCAUCUUAGCGGAUAUCAAUUCUCCGGAACAAAACUUCCCCACCGAUAGUAUCAAACUGGUAGUGAUCGAUGAGGCCCACAAAGCUAAAGGUCGAUACGCUUACACCGAGGUCAUUAAAGCAAUAUCGGCUACCAAUAAGCAGUUUCGUGUGCUAGCCUUGUCAGCAACACCAGGCCGUACCUUGGAGGAUGUGGCCGAGGUUCUACGAAAUCUGCUAAUAUCACACAUCGAAGUUCGAUGGGAAAAUUCUAUUGAUGUUUCGCCUUACACAUUUAAGAAGAACAUUCGAACCGUCGUCAUACCACUUGGUCCCACACUGAGUCAGAUUCGUGAUCGAUACAUUGAACUUAUCGAUCCCUACGUAAGGCGGCUUAUGGAUGCGAACGUCAUUAGUCAUACAAGGAAUUUGAGCAGCGGUUGGCUGGUCAUGGAACAGAAACGCUUCCGGGAAGCGUGUCUGAUUCAGCGACACCCAAACUAUACCGCCAUAAACUCGGAUUUCAGCGCCGGCAUGAGCAUGUAUCACGCCAUGGAGCUGCUAGUUCGUCACGGAGUUCGAGCGUUCUUGAACUUUUUCGAAGACGACAGUGGCAGCAAACCGGAAGAGAAGUUUUUCGUAGCUAAAGACCUUCGGUUGAAAGCUUUUCUGGAUGAGCUGCGAGAAGAGUACGGUCGCAAUCCACUGGCAAUUUUCAACAACGUUGGAGCUCCGAUGCCAAAUGGGGUCGUUCCCCGGAUAAGCGCGGACGAGAAGAUUGAUUUCGGACAUCCGAAGUUUGCCAUCCUGGAGCGACAUUUGCGGGAACAUUUCGAAAACCAUCCGGACUCGAAGGUGAUUGUUUUCUGCGAGUUUCGCGAUUCGGUUGCGAUGAUCCAACGGCUGUUGUUGCAGAAUCGGCCACUGGUGAAGCCGAAGUGCAUUGUGGGUCAAGGUGGAACGGCCGGUGGUUUACGAGCCGUAACGCAGAAGGAACAGAUAGCGGCAAUGGUUCCUCAAUGGUUCAUCAAUGGCACAAAAACGUAGCAAAAUGACUGAAAUCACUUGCACAGGUCUUGUGAGUACGUGUUUUCCAAUACUGAACGUUUUAUGAAGCCAGCCAUAAAAGUUUUUUUGACAAACCAGAAUGAAACAUACAAUGACCAAAACAGUUUCGUUAUUGAAUCCUUAUCUUCUGCUAACCAUUAUUUUUUUUUUAAAUUAUUUUUUGAGGGUGCUAUAGAGAUGAAAAAAUGUAAGAAUCAAGCAGAAAUAAUCUAUAAUUUAGAAUAUUUUCUUGUCAGGUCAUAGACAA